GCGGCGCCGCUUCCUGUCCGGUGGCGUUUGCUUCCGGGGCAGGGUCGUCUCUUUAGGAAAAUCUGUGGGGGGGACGGAGCUGGCGGGGGAACGGGCCGGGCUCGUGGUGGCCGGAUGAGAGCGAGGAAAGGCAGGCCGGAACGGAGGUGGACUGUUCUUUCCUAAGAUCUAACACGAAGCAGGAAUUCUGGAUCACGUAGAAUCUGCAUCAGCCAUUGAGGCGACACUGAGGAUGGAAGGAGUUGAACUUAAAGAGGAGUGGCAAGAUGAAGACUUUCCAAGACCUCUACCGGAAGAUGACCAUAUUGAUGAUAUGUCAGAUCCAGCUGAAAGAGGGGACCAACCUGAAGUGAAUGGCAACAAAGUUAAGAAGAAACUAUUGGCUCCAAAUAUAAACUUAACUCUGGAUUGCAGUGAAGAAUCCAUUUUGUCUGACUUGGAAGAGAGCGGGGAUAUUGAUCUGGACGAUAUGGACACACCAUCUGAAAAUAGCAAUGAGUUCGAAUGGGAAGAUGAUCUUCCAAAGCCGAAAACUACAGAUGUGAUUCAGAAAGGAUCGUUACAAGAAUAUGCAGCAUCAGACGAAAAAGAGGAGGAACGGCGAUGGCGGAUGUUCCGGAUUGGAGACCAAGAUCACAGGGUGGAUAUGAAGGCAAUUGAGCCAUAUAAGAAAGUUAUCAGUCAUGGAGGUUAUUAUGGUGAUGGGUUAAAUGCAAUCGUUGUAUUUGCAGUUUGCUUCAUGCCGGAAAGCGGGCAGCCAAACUACAGAUACUUAAUGGAUAAUCUCUUUAAGUAUGUUAUUGGCACACUAGAAUUGUUAGUAGCAGAGAACUACAUGAUCGUUUACCUAAAUGGUGCAACAACACGGAGGAAGAUGCCUAGUCUAGGCUGGCUCAGGAAGUGUUACCAACAGAUUGAUAGGAGGUUAAGGAAAAACCUGAAAUCAUUAAUAAUAGUUCAUCCUUCCUGGUUCAUUAGAACACUUCUGGCAAUCACAAAACCUUUUAUUAGCUCAAAAUUCAGCCAAAAAAUCAGAUAUGUCUUUACUUUGGCAGAGCUGGCUGAACUCGUCCCCAUGGAAUACGUUGGUAUACCUGAAUGCAUAAAACAGUAUGAAGAAGAAAAAUUUAAAAAGAAACCCAAAAGGUAUAUGCACAUCUUGAUCAGGGCUGUAUCUAAUCUAGCCAACUUUGCACUGUGCUAAAUGUUGGGAUAUAUUUGGCUUGCUGGGCUGCCUGCAGCUUGUAUGAAUGAACAUGCGCCCAUUGUGCCAUCGUGUGUGUGGGUGUAUCUGGCUCGCUUAUGUUGUGCUGUUCACAUAAUGUUGUACAAAUGACUCGUUGCUUCAGAAGGAAGCCGAGUAGCCAAAAGGCUAAAGCAUUUGCUGUCUAAUUAUAGCACUAAUUGUCAAACCUAGAACUGCAACAAUUUUCCGCUUUAGGAAGUUGGAGAGCAAUUGCUGCAAAAUACAUUCUUAAUUCUAGAUGGAGAGUGACUGUGACUCGGCAGUCACUGAAGUUCAAAAUUGCUUAAUUUGCAUUGUCACAGUGUAAACUGGCUGAACACCAUAAAGGCGAGGAGGGCUUUCUGCUGCCUGCAUUUGCUAUGUCUUUUGGGGAGUGGGGGCGCUUCUCAUCAAUGCAUGCUGGGGUUUUCUGGUGCUCAAGAAGUGCAUGGCCUGCUAAUAAAUGUAUCUCAGCAACUUCCUCACUUCACAAAAUAUUGUCCAAUCCAGAGCACCAACUGCUACUCUUGCCACUAACAAUUUCACUUGAUCCAGAAUGUGCCCAUGGUGUAUAAUGAUUCCAAAUGCUUAUUUGUGAAGAUGGUUUUUUUUUGGGGGGGGUGUUGUUCCCUUGCAAAGAAGGGAGCAAACUGCUACUUAGCAAGACAGACCUACUUAGAUUGCAAAGAUGCGUUCCCACAUUUAAUUCAACCCUUUAUAGCAUUAGAAGGAAUUUGUGCAGCCAGGCUGUAUGGGUUGCACACAAAGUUUUUGCAUCAGGCACAGCAUUACUAUGAGGCAAAGCUCAGCUUCUGCCCUUUCCCCUUAAAAUGAAACCGGGACGACAUUUAAAAUGAGCUCACUGAAAUCCCCUGCUCAUUUGCUGUGUUGGUCUUUGCCUCCACAAUUGCCAUUCAUUGAUCCAGUUUGCAUGUAAUGUCAAGCCAUGGCUGAGAGUGAGUGUCCUCAAGGGAAGGUCACAGGCGCUUUGCUUCUCUCCUGGUCCUGUCGCUGUUGUGGAACCCUGAGCUAAGCCAUGGUUUUUCAUAACAUUUGCAUUCAUACCUGUGCUUAUAGUUUGUCUUUCUCCUGGUGAACCAUGAGCUGCAGCUCAGGUUUGAUUUUGGGGAAGGUGCAGAGUGGCCACAGUUUCUAAUGGGAGCACCUGCAUGCUUAUGCAUUCACACAUGACUUAAUCUUGCAUGCAAACUGGGCCUUUGACUUAACACACAGGCCCCCAAUAAAAUUUACGCUGUUGUGGAGGAGGAGGUUCUUGACCAUAGCUUAAACCAGGGAGAGGUAGAAUCAGAGAUUUGGCACCAUUUUCUUGGAGCAGGGAAGGGUUUGAAGCGUUGAUAUUUGGAAGACCUUUUUUAUUUGCUGCUUCUGCCUUUCCUCUAAAUAUCUGACAUAACCUAAAUAUUAAACUUCACCACCAACUGUGGAAAGGAGAGGAAAAUACAUGUGAGGAAGAGAACAGGCUUCAUACCAAAUCAAAUCAUUGCUCCAUCUAGGUCAGUAUUGCCUACACUGGCUGGCAGUAGCUCUCUAAGAUUUAAGGCAAAAGACAUGCCCAGCCCUAUCUGGAGAUGCUGGUGAUUGAACCUGGGACCUUCUGCAUGGAAAGCAGAUGCUCUGUCACGGAGCUGCAGCCAUUGCAGAUGCCCAGCCCUGUCCCAGCAAGACUGGUUAGAAACUUAGUAUGUUGCCAAAACUUGGCAUGCCUCAUUGGCUGCCUAUCAGUAAAUUAAGCAAUGAGAGUUUUUUUCAAGGCAAAAAUACCCUUCAUAAAGUUGACUUUCUUAGAGCCCUAGACAUCUAGAUACACUAGCUGUAAGGAACGUUUCACACCACUAUAUGCUAGCCAACCUGAGUUUGCCACAAGAGUCUACACUUAACAUGGAGCUUCAGCGACCCCAAGUACAGUACAUGUUGAGUUAACGGGUAGAGACAUAAUUAUACACAAACUCCUAAGGAUUUCAUUCAAUAGGGUCAUGUGCAAUGAUUCAGUUCUGUGUGGUUGUAGGUCUUGGUCUGAAUAAAUUGAGGAUAAACGAAGUCAUAUCUUCAGUGCUUUUUUCAUGGGGGGAUGCAGGGGUACGCAUACCCCUAAACAUUUUGUGAAUCUAAAUUUGGCCUCAUUGAGGGGCAGUAUUUCAAUAUGAGUAGGAAAAUGAGAGUACACCAAAACAUUUUUUAAGAAAAAAAGCACUGGGUAUCUUACUGUAUUGUGGUCUAUUUUUUUCAUUUUCCUGUUAAGUGUCAUUUUUUUAAAGUCACUUUGUAUUCUCCUUAUAAGUUCUAAUUUAUUAUUCUGGGGGGGAACUUGCUGCUCUACUUGUGCCUAACAGUUUUGCUGCGAUUGGAAAGUAAUUUUAACACCCUGGUUGAAAUUAGAGUUUGACAUUUCACUCCCCCUCCCCUUCUGUCUGAU